AUGGUCUCUUCAUACCAAGAUCAAAGCUUGACGCCGUCAAACUAUGCCGUAUUUCGAUGGUUUGGGUUCGAUCAAUUUGUUCCUGAACAUGCAGUGACCUCACAUUGGGUUUCAUCAAAAACGUUUCUGAUCAUUCGAUCCAUUUUGACCUUGUAUUCAACAGUGGUGCUCUGGACAGACAUUGGAACCAGUGGAGGCAUAUUCUUUCAGUAUUUUACAUCAAUGACGUUCAUUGGCCUACAUGCAUAUCAGAUUACCUCGUUGGUUCAUCAUAUUCGCUACCUCUACACAAAAGACAUUUCCUUCUUUGUGAACCAGCCUACAGUUUUGAAUUACCUUUAUGUUUAUCUUUACUCGACAGUUGUAACAUUCAAUAUUGUAACUCCCGUAGUGUUCUGGGCUAUUUUAGCAAAGGCAAUGGCAGCAAAAACCACUAUAGGCGUAUGGAUGAACGUCUCUGUGCAUGGUGUAUCGUUCUUUUUGAUGAUCUUUGAUGUCAUCUUUAAUCGAAUGAAGCUGUCUAUCCGUAUGGCCAUCUUCCCUCUGUUAACUAUCAUUUUCUAUAUGCUUUUAGCGUUUAUUAUUUAUGCUGUAAACCAUCGAUGGGUUUACCCCUUCCUGGACUGGUAUCAAGGUCCCUCAGCUGCUAUUUGGUAUUUUGCAGUUGGCAUCAUCUGUGUGGUUGCCUUCUUUAUUCAAGUAUUGAUUCACUGGCUCAGGGACUUUGUCGCUCGCAAAACUGGCAAAAUGAACAGUGUAGAGAUCACAGAUGACAAGGACAACGACAUUGCCAUCACUAAACUUGAAGUCGAUAAUGCGUCUAGCAAUGCUUAA